GCGUAAUGGCCAAUGACAAGAAGCAAGAAGUAAACAAACAAAACCACGGUUCUCUAAUAUUGUUUGGAAAAAUUAUCUAAUAUUAUCGCUCUGAAAUCUUGGAUUUUACUGAAUAUAAGCUAUUAUUGGAGCAGAUCACACUACUUAGGAAAGUGAAAUAUGGAGGGCCUGGCCGAGAGUGAGGCUACUCCAGCAAAAGGCGAAGAUGCGAGCGUCAGUGCCGUAGAGCAGGACUUCAAAAAGCCCGUCUUUAGCUUGCCUGCGAAGAAGAAAUUGGGCCCGAGUGCAAUCACAGUGGCAGCAGACGUCCCAAUCAAACCUCCAGAGCCUCCGAUAAAGGAGCGCUCCAAGGAAAAACUGCCCCCUCUUCCCUACACAGAGCCCGACUGGGGCGGAGAAGUUGCAACUCAGUCCUACAGUUUCGAGAUUUUGAAGAAUGGCACGAUAGUGGAACAAAUCGCCCUGAACACGAAGUCGUUCUACGUUUUCGGAAGGCUGUCCAACUGCGACAUCCAGAUGAACCAUCCAUCCACCUCUCGGUAUCACGCUGUGCUGCAGUACCGGUCUGAGAGUGAGGCCGACAACCCCAAAGGCUUCUACAUCUACGACUUGAAAAGCACACAUGGCACUUUCAUGAAUAAGCAGAAACUCAAGCCUGAGGUUUUCGCCCCUGUCCGGGUCGGACACAUGCUCCAAAUCGGUGGCAGCACCAGAAUGCUCAUUUUGCAGGGUCCAGAGGAGGACGAGGAGCCUGAGUCUCCUUUCACAGUCACAGAGUUGAUUCAGCAGAAGAGAGAAAAGGAGUUGGAAAAGCAGCGAAUGGAGGCUCUUCGGCUGGCUGAAGAAAAGGCGAUGGAAGAGAAAAGAAAAAUCGACGAGGAAAACGCUGGGAUAGAUUGGGGAAUGGGUGAGGAUGCAGAUGAAGAAACCGAUUUGACAGAGAACCCUUACGCGAGCACUAACAACGAAGAGUUGUAUUUGACUGACCCGAAAAAGAGUCUGCGUGGCUGGUUCGAGCGUGAAGGCGAGGAGCUGGCGUACGACUGCCAGGAGCGGACCAGCGGGCAGUUCGUGUGCCGCGUCGUCCUCCCCGUGGAUGACGCCGGUGGAAGGCCCCUGAUUGCAGAGGCAAUGGUCCGCGGCAAGAAGAAGGAGGCUGUCGUGCAGUGCGCCCUCGAAGCGUGCAGACUGCUCGACAGGCAGGGCCUCUUCAGGAAAGCCACCCACGAGGCAAGGAGUAAAAAGAAAAAGAACUGGGACGAAGAAGGCGACAGUGAUGACGACACGUUCCUCGACCGGACAGGCGCCGUUGAGCUUAAGCGGCAGAGGAAGUUGGACGGCAAAUCAGCACAAAAGGCCCAAACCUAUGAAUCCCUGGUGGAAGAACUGGAAAAGGUGCGAGAGAGAAUCAGCGAAACACAGCUAGAAUUGGAACAGAGCGAGAAGAGUGCUGAGCUAAUCUCAACGCAGAAAGCGGAGCAAGAUGAGCUGGACGCAUUUAUGUCCACACUGAGCAAGGACACCACACAGGACAAGAUCAAACGAAGGGCAGCUAAGACUCAGUUGUUGCGGCUGCAACAGGACGAGAAAAGAUUAGUGAGAUUAGCCAACAUUGCCCGUCCUGCGUCGCUACCUGAGCUGAAAGUGCAAGAAGAAGUACCUGAGGUGAGCAAAAAGGCUGCGUUUGUAGGAAGCCGACCAGCAGCCAAAUCGAAAUCAACCGCAUCCACUUCAAGUGCUGCACCUGAACCUGAACCUGAGGCUGUUUCCUACCCUGAAGGCGAGGAAGUGGAAGAGGAGGAGGAAGAGGAUGUUAAAGAAGUAGAGAAAACUGAGUCGAUAACUGAUUGUGAGCCGGAAUCGAAUGCCAAGAGAAAAUUAGGCCCUUCCAUCCCUGCAGAGAUGCUAGCCAAAUACUAUGAGGUGGAAUAUGAAGAUGAUGAAGAUUUGGAUGAGGAUUACAAGGGGCCAAAACGGCAGCGAGUCAGAACAAGACACAAUAAGAGUAAUACUGAGAAGAGCAAAGUGAAAACUCACUAUGACGACGAGAGCGGCGACUACUCCACGUGGGUGCCACCUAAAGAUCAGAAAGGUGAUGGAAGGACCAAAUUAAACGAUAAGCUAGGGUACUAGAUACUAUGUAAAUAUAUCUAGCUUUAUUAAAAACAUUACAAGAAA